AUUUUAAUUAUAGUAGAGAAAUUAAUAAUACGAACGAAAUGUCGUAAAUAUUAUUUUAUCUAACGACAUUCAGGUGGCAGCACUUGUGCUACGUCAAUAAUCACGUAGUAGUAGUAAUAAUAGUAAUACCGUGAUCUUUCGACCGAACACUACCGUGUUCGUACGUGUGUACGUGCGUGCAUUGCGCGUCGCUAACUAUUUUCGAGGUUAUGUUCGUUUUCGAGUAGUGUUUUGAAAAAUGCACGAUCCACCUACGAUUUUUCUAUUUCGCGUAGAAAAGCAUAUUGAUGCAGUGGCACUCCGAUUAGUAUAGUGAUUAAAAUAUAUUGAAGUGCGACAUGUGCAAUACUAAAGCAUGCUCUUCACCCAGAGAAAGAUGAAGCAGAUUGCUCUGUCCAUCAUUUGUGUCGUUUUAGUUUUAGGAUUCUACAAAACUUUAGUGAAUACGGAAGAGGAGGAAAAUUUUAUUUCGGUUCGUCAAAAUGGUAACAAGGUAGAACGUAGCAAAUUUCCAAACAACGAAAAUGAUAACAAUUUGAUUAAAGAAAAAAUGGGAAAUGGAAAAGAAGAUGAUAUUAAACUUACUCUUAUUAAUGACGAUAUCAAGAACAUCGAGGAAGCUAAGAUUCGUAUAAGCGAACUCGAAGGUAAAUUACGUUACCUCGAAGCUAAAAUUGAGAAUCGCGUGCCGAAGAAUUUUCCUACGGUUAAGUUCCUCAAUUAUAAGAAUCGAAAAAGGAUAUUGGUUACUGGUGGAGCUGGUUUCGUUGGUUCCCAUUUGGUCGAUCGUUUGAUGUUAGCCGGUUACGAAGUUAUAGUGGUAGAUAAUUUUUUUACCGGACGUAAAAGAAACGUCGAACAUUGGGUUGGCCAUGAAAAUUUUGAAUUGGUUCAUCACGACAUCGUCAGACCAUUGUAUUUGGAAGUCGAUGAAAUCUAUCAUCUUGCUAGUCCUGCUAGUCCACCUCAUUACAUGUUGAAUCCAGUUAAAACGAUUAAAACUAAUACAUUGGGUACUAUUAAUAUGUUAGGACUCGCCAAGCGAGUUGGGGCACGUGUAUUAAUCGCAAGUACGUCCGAAGUUUAUGGGGAUCCUAACGAGCAUCCGCAGACAGAAACUUACUGGGGUCACGUUAAUCCUAUCGGUCCAAGAGCGUGCUAUGACGAAGGAAAAAGAGUAGCUGAAACGUUAAGUUACGCCUACAUGCGACAAGAAGGUGUGUCGGUACGAGUGGCACGAAUUUUUAAUACUUUUGGUCCAAGAAUGCACAUGAACGAUGGAAGAGUCGUAUCGAAUUUUAUUCUCCAGGCAUUGCAAAACGAUUCGAUCACCAUUUAUGGUAAUGGAAAGCAAACAAGGUCUUUUCAAUACGUCACAGAUUUGGUAGAUGGAUUGGUUGCCUUGAUGGCUUCUAAUUACACCUUACCCGUAAAUAUAGGCAAUCCGGUUGAACAUACCAUCGAAGAAUUCGCGUUUAUUAUAAAGGAUUUGGUCGGUGGUACGAGUAAAAUAGUCGAAUUAGCCGCAGUAGAGGACGAUCCGCAAAGAAGAAGGCCGGACAUUAGCAGAGCUAAAAAAUAUCUAAAUUGGCAACCAAAAGUUCCUUUAGCCGAGGGUUUGAAAAAGACGAUCAUGUACUUCGCGAAAGAAUUGCAAAGAACGAUGCACUCCCAAAAGGAUAGUAUUAAACAUUCGUCAUAUAAAAAUGAUCAUGAUAUAAUAGAUCAUCUUUAAAAAUAAACAAAUAAAAUGAUAUUUGCUCUCA